UUGUGAUAUUCGAGUUACUUGUCAGUCUUUACAGUGGCAUAUUUACUUAUUCCCGUCACCAUGUCGCCCUGCAAGUCCUCAGCAAGUCGCCAGUCUGCCAGGUAUGCGACGCCACCUUUAUCCUGAAAAGAGCAUGUUAGCAUGCUGCGCAAUGCGCGUCCCCCCGCGGCGGCUGCGCGCGUCGCCCAGAUCUAAAUCUGACAUAGAGUUUGUACGCAUCUCCCUCGUCGGCUGCGUAUAAAUACGACCCCGCCCAUUCCAGACAGACCCCCUCUUCCUUCCCGCCUUCCCUCCUCCCGCCAUCAUCAUCACCUGAACGAUGACCACCGUCGCGCCCGCCUUCGCCCGCCUUAACCUCCCCUCGCCCGAGGAGUACAGGAAGCGCAAAGUCGCGCUCAUUUCCGGCAUCACUGGGCAGGACGGAUCAUACCUCACAGAGUUUCUCCUCGACAAGGGCUACGAGGUCCAUGGGAUCAUUCGCCGAUCGUCGAGCUUUAACACUGGGCGUCUCCACCAUCUCUUCGAGGACUCGUCCAUAGAGCGCCCGGGCAAGUUCAAGCUGCACUAUGGCGAUCUCAGCGACAGCACGAACCUCGUCUACAUCAUCGCCUCCGUGCAGCCGACCGAGAUCUACAACCUCGGCGCGCAGUCCCAUGUCAAGGUCUCCUUCGAGAUGGCCGAGUACACCGGCGAUGUCUCCGGCCUAGGCACCCUCCGCCUCCUCGACGCUAUCCGCACCUGCGGCCUCGAGAAGCACAUCCGCUUCUACCAGGCCUCCACCAGCGAGCUCUACGGCAAGGUCGUCGAGACCCCGCAGAGCGAGACGACGCCGUUCUACCCGCGCUCGCCGUACGGCGUCGCGAAGCUCUACGCGUACUGGAUCGUCGUCAACUACCGCGAGUCGUACGGGAUGUUCGCGUGCAACGGAAUCCUGUUCAACCACGAGAGCCCGAGGCGCGGAAGGACGUUCGUGACGCGCAAGAUCUCGCGCGCGGUGGCGGACAUCUCGCUCGGGAAGCAGUCGUGCCUGUACCUCGGGAACGUUGACGCUAAGCGUGAUUGGGGACAUGCUCGCGACUACGUGGAAGGAAUGUGGCUCAUGCUACAGCAGCCGGAGGCGAGCGACUUUGUUCUCGCGACCGGCGAAACCCACCCAGUGCGGGAAUAUGUGGAGAAGGCGUUCGCAUGCGUGGACGUACAAUUGCAAUGGCGCGGAGAGGGCGUCGAUGAGGAGGCCGUUGACACCAAGACCGGCAAGGUUGUCGUCAAAGUCGACCCGCGGUACUUCCGUCCUGCUGAAGUCGACCUCCUCCACGGCAACCCCGCAAAGGCGGAGCGCGUCCUCGGCUGGCGACGCCGCGUCGACUUCGACUCGCUCGUGAAGGAGAUGGUCGCUGCGGACCUAAAGGCGGCGAAGUCUUUGGUCGAGGAUCAGAACUAGGGGAAGCGCGUAUAGCUGUUCCCCGUGUGGAUCAAAGGAAGCAGGAGAACUGUACUCUCAACAGAAUGGGAAACAGUGAGCAGCCAACAUAGAACGGACGGGUGAGUUUAUUCCGAGUAUAUACAAGUGUAAAAACGGACCGGUAUGGAUAGCAUUGUAUUACUGCCUGUUGAUACGACGGUUGCGAGAUGGAUGAUGAGUUCGAAAGCACAAGUCGUAGCCGCCAGCAGAGCAAUCCUGGCGAGGGCA